AUGUCGCUUGCUAUCGCAACAUACCAGUUCCUGGACGCCGAUCAGCACAUCUAUUUCUGCUCGCAAUCACCAGACUCGAAGUUUCUCGCGUGUGCCCUUGGUAACGGGGUGGUGUGUCUUGUGAAUGCUAUUACGUUCAGUACCGUGGCGCGUGGGGCUCCCGGGAAGGACUUUCUCGAGGCUCCCGCUACCUGCAUUCGAUGGGCGCCCGAGGAGUGCGACAGCGCUUGGCAAUUCGUCAGCAGCAGCUGCGCGGGUGGUGUCAUGCUGUGGCUCUGGGAUCGAGACUCGGUCUCUCUUCGACGUGGAGCCGCCGUGUGCGAGAAACACAAUGAGGUGAUGGUGGUGGAUGUUUCGCCGAGCGGAAAGCAAGUGUUGACGGCGGGCAGCGAUCGCAUCGUGCGCCUGUACGACUCAAAGCUAACCCUGCUUGCACAGCUGGCAGAGGGGGUAAACCCUGAUGGCACAUCACGUCCGGCACACACAAACCGCAUCUUCUCUGUCCGCUUCUUGAGCGAGCUGGCGGCCGUCAGUGCAGGCUGGGACAGUCCGAUUCAGCUGUGGGACCUGCGUUUGUGUCGCUUGACCAGACAGGUGGUCGGGAUGCAGGGGGUGUCGGAUUGCUUAGAACCUGUCCCAAGCACACCGCUCGUUCUGGUGGCGUCCCCGAAGUCUGCGAACACGUUGCAAAUUUUCGACGCUGUCACUGGAAGAGUGCUGGAGGAGGAGUCGAGCAGGGUGUGCUCUCAGCUGAACCUGACAGAGCGUGUGUUAGUAUGCCGCAUCGAGGCCGAAACAGGUAAUGCCUGGUGUCUCACGGUUUCGCCGCCCUCGGUGAUUGUUGUCUCCGUGUCUUCCGGCCGCAUCGUGGCGCGCGCGGAGCUCGCUCACACUCCACUCAACAUGACCAUGAAGGAUGCCAGUGUGGUGGUGGGGUGCAAGAAUGGUGUUCUGCUGCAGGUGUCACUUAGUAUGUAA